AGUUUUCCCUUUUAGGCACGUUAGUCGGUGUGAACGAAAGUGACAACUCGGUGGGAUUCGUAGGCGACUUGUAGUCGGGUUUUAUAGUAUUUGAUUGGUACUGUUUCUUUCCUUGCUUGCUUGUUUACAAACUCAUCGAAAGGAUCUGAGUUGUUAGAUACGCUUCUGGUACAGUGACAGGAAUCUUUUAGUGGCGGCUGUUUUGUACACUGUUCACAGUUUAAUAUUUAUCCCGUUGUUGUACGCAUUUGUUCUUGAUCGUAGUUGUGAGGCAUGCUGUUCUUUGACGGCACUGAGGGAUGCACAGCAUUUUCAGAUUUAGAUCUGAGCGAUCCUGUUCGGAUUAGCAGUCACAAUACUUUUAAGUCAGAGCUCGAAUCACGUUUACGGAAGACAUACCGGUCUGCCAAGAAAAAGGCAUUUGCAAAGCUGGUUAAGACAAAAGAAGUACCACCAUCUAGCAAGACAUCCCCAUGCACUAGAGAUGCUAUUCAUUGGGAGUGCUGUAAGCAGCAGUUUGAUAAACUCGUCAGCAUUCACAAGCAUGUUUCUAAAGUGCACGCUGAAGAAGUCUUGAGUCAAACAGCAAGCAUCAUCCAUCAGUCCAGUACAAGCAAGACGCAGGUGGCACAUUCUGGAACCUUUGCUCCACCACCCAUUGAAGACGGAGUUGACAGCUGUGACAUUAUAUCUGACUGGCUACCAGACAUAAACUGCAUCAGCAAUGAUCUGACAGCUAGAGACAUUGGUGAAGUGCUGCUGUAUUAUUGUUACUGUGAUGUGCUUGACCCUCACCAGAUCUGUGCGUGGCAAAAAGCCCUCUGUCAGCAGCUGUCUCUCACUGGCAAGGUUCGAAUUGCUAAGGAAGGCAUUAAUGGAACAGUUGGAGGAAGCAAAGCAGCAACUGAACUUUAUAUCCAAAUAGUGUUAUCCCAUCCGCAGUUCAGAAACCUCAUGAGCAGAGAAGAUUUCAAGAGGAGUGAGGGAGGUGCACAUUGUUUUCCUGAUCUUCGUGUUGGAGUAUUUCAAGAAAUAGUGCCAAUGGGAGUUGAUCCAGUCAAAGUUUCCUACAAAGAGGCUGGAAUCCAUUUGUCUCCAGAAGAGUUUCAUAAAAAAGUAGAAAUAUAUUUGAAAGAGAAUGAUGAAAAAAGCACCAUUCUGUUGGACUGCAGGAACUUCUAUGAAAGUAAAAUUGGCCAGUUUGGAGGUUGCCUUGCUCCAGACAUUCGGAAAUUCAGCUACUUUCCAGACUAUGUUGACCAAAAUUUGAAGAUAUUCAAGGACAAAAAAGUUUUGAUGUACUGCACAGGAGGGAUCCGUUGUGAAAGAGGCUCUGCCUACCUGAAAUCUAAGAAAGUCUGCCAAGAAGUAUACCAGCUGAAGGGAGGUAUUCACAAGUAUAUGGAGCUAUUUCCUGAUGGCUUCUUUCGAGGCAAGCUGUUUGUUUUUGAUGAACGCUAUGCUAUUGCUUCAAAUGAAGAUGUAAUUUCAGAAUGCAAGUAUUGUGGUGCUCUGUGGGAUGGUUACAGACUGUGUUCCACUCGGCAAUGUUGUCAGCUUGUCCUUUCUUGUCUGGAAUGCCGAGUGAAGGGUCACACUGCUUGCUGCCAUCUUUGCCAGGAAAAAGGGAAGCAGCUAUCUUCGAGUCCACAAGGGCAAUGGUUGAACAAGAAGGAAUGUGAAUGUACAGACAGUCGACCACGUGUGCCUGUUGAACCACUUUGCUAGUUUUGUACUUGGUUGUAUAACUUGUACUGCUUAUUGAACAGUAGUACUGUACAACUUUUAAUUCUGUAAAAUAUUUUAUCUAAUGAAAAUGAUGUAAUUUAAAAGGAAAAAUAGAGUUUUCAUUAUCAUUGAAUCAGAUGUUGAUUGCAGAUUUUUAUCAGUGAUAUAUUUGUAUUUUGAUAAAGGUAUCACAUUAAAUAAUGCUAGCUUCU